GUAUGGCUGGCCAGUGCAGCGCUGCCUCCGCCCUUCAAGCCCUUCUCCGAAUGGGGCCGCCAGUGGCCCCCGGUGGCUUGCCGCACGCUUCCCUUCCACAGACUUGCAUACGACAAGAAUACGGACACCAUUGUCGGCAGCCGAGGCAGGUCUCUGUUCACGCUGCCCAGCAAAGACUUGCUGCCUUGCAGUGGGCUCGCAAGCUCUGUGCUUCACCUCACUGGUGAGAAAUACAGCACAAGCACCCACUGCCUGUCGCACCUCCCUGGUGGCUCGCUGGCCCUGGGCCGCAACCGCGGAAGCUUUAUGAUCUUGCCGCCGAAGGCCAUUGCUGCAGGAGUCAACUCUCCGCACGAACUGACUCUGGGAGGAAGGAUGCGCUUUCCAGUCACCUCCAUGCUUUUGCUGCGCAGCGGAGAGCUUCUCGUGGCGCUGCAGGAUGGGACGGUCUAUGUCCUGCAAGAGUUUUCGCGACCGAGCGACCACGACUUCCGCAUCAUGAUGACGCCCAAUCAGCCACCGAACUGUCAUGCAAUCUUCGCUCCGAGGCUCCCCUCCGGUGAGGUUCUGAUUCAGUGCCGUCUGAUCACGCUCUUCAAGCCGCACAGAACCAACAACAGGCUCGAGGCCUUGACUAGAAGAGCAGCUCUGAACAUCAGCAGCCAUGCAAAGUCAGCUGCCCUUACGACGCAGGGCUUCCUGGUGGUCGUGGCGGUGUACACCAUCGAAAGUUACUGGGUGGACGACCUGGAAACCUUGCCUGAUCGUCGGAGGCGCUUUCUUCAGCCUCGCGGAUGGAAGAAUCGGGAAAAGCGGGCCGAUGUAUCGGUUUCACUUCAGAACGGUGGCCUUGUGGUGGCCAGUGGUCACCAGCUGCUGAUGUUCGAUCCUGUGCAGAUUCCGAGCUUGAGCAGAUAUCGUCUCCUUCCGAACUUUGGCCUAAUCUUUUGCCUCCACGUCCGUCCUGAUGGCUAUCUGGUGGUACUGCUGCACGCAGAUUUUCAGGGACGACGAGUGGCACAGCACGUCUGGCAACCGCGCUGGGCGGUUCCGCGGAGCUUGACGGCCAAAGCAGUUGCCAUGACUUCGCUGACCACCGGGGCGCUGGCGGUGGCGACCGAGCUGGGAACGGUUCACUUCUACAUGGAUGGGGCCCUGAAGGAGCCCAUCCGAACGCAGGCUGAAAUGCAUGUCGGCACGCACAUAGAUGAUGUGCAAAUCUUGAACAAUUGGGGCGUUGUGGCCGUCGGCCAAUGUGGGCUGAAGGUCUUCGCUAGCGCGGCUUUACACACUGGAGGAGUUGCCCUGCACUCGGUCCCCUUUUCCAGCUGCCAGAGGGGUGGAGUUGUCGCUGUGCAGUCCAGUGGCGAUCUCCUGGCCGUGGCGUUCGCCUCCAAAAACGGCCAGGCAGAGACUGGUGGCAGGUUGCAGCUCUACCAGGUCGCACCAGACAUGGUGCAGCCGAAGCUGAUAGGCAAGGCGUCUUUCCGCGGCGACAUUUUGAGAACAGCAGUCCUCGGCGACUACUUCUUAGUGGCCAGCACCUACCAAAUCUUCGAUGGGGCGCUGAGAUUUUACAGUGUGGACGCGUUGACAGCCGGUGCAGCACCCGAAAUCGAAGUCACCUUCGAAGCCGUGAUCUAUUCGGUGGCUGCCUUGACGCCGACAGUGCUCGCGGUAUCACUGCAAUUUGGUGGUGUCCUGAUUCUUUCUGUGGACUUCGAGCAGCGAUGCUUGAGACGUAUCACCCAGCUCCGAGUUCCUGACGGCUCGCCGUCAGCCGUGUUGGGGUUGCCUGACCGAGCUGGCGUUGCGGUGGCCAUGGGCAAUUCAAUCGAGUUCUUCCAAUUUGACUUGCAGGCACUCGUGGGAAAGGCGGCGGAUUCAGAGUGUCGAAAGAGCUUCUCGAGCUGGGGCAGUGACUCGGAAGAGAUCCCGCCGAAUGUGACGCUGCCUACUUACCAGUCGACGAUCCAGGAAAUCCACGUGCUGGCAACUGGCCUACUGGUGGGAUCUCAUUUCUUCGAUUGGGACGGAGCCAAGUCUAAGUGCAGCUCGGGAGAGUACUCACCAGAAGGGGAGCUUUCCUGCCAGCCCUGCCGACAUGGCUGGCUCUCUACCGUGGGGCAAGGUGGAUGUUUCUACAUGUGCCCCGCUUGCAAAGAUGCACGUUCGUUUGCACUUGUGAAGUGGGGCUGUCGGCUACCAACCAGGACCUGGUUCACAUUUUCUGCAUGGGUGGCGCUGCCCAUGGCAUCUGUGCUGGCUCUGAUAGCUCUGAUCGUUGGUGUCCAGCCUGUGGAGCUACAGCAACACCCUCCAGUCGACGAGCAGGAGGAGGGUGGGUCCACAACUCCUACAACCACAAUAAUCGCAGUCUUCGAGAUGGAUGCCGGGUCGGUGGCCUCACGUGCUUCCAGCAGGUUGGGCCUGGAGUUUUCGGUGAGUCGGAUCGCCGCCCUGGGCGGCUCUGUCUGUUUGGUUGUUGCAGCCCUCCUUCUGCCACCACCUUGGGACCUCGAAAGCUUGGACAUUUUGACGGCGGUUGGAACCUUGCUCGGCUUGCUCAUCUUGCCUGGGCCUAGCCAAAGGCAGCGUGGCCACCCCAUCCACAGGCUGCUUACGCCCUUCUUGAUGAUCCUAUUGAUGCUGCAAGCGGAGAUCCUGACACGCAUCGCAAAGGAGUACAGCUUUUCCAACGAGUCCGUGACCUUCUUGGGCUUCAUUGCCACAUCGAACAAGGAGUACUGGACUUGGGUGAGCCUCCACAUGGGAAUCUGCCUCGCCAUCCUGGCAGCUGAAAUCCUUCGUCAGCAGGGCUACCAGGACCUGCCCACCGAGGCUCAAAGCCAAAGUGCUGGAGGCCGGACAUGUCCCGCCCAGUAUCAGAGCAAGAAUUCGCAGAACAUGUUGCGAGGCAUGCUUGUCCACUUCCUCGCCGGUGCGAGCGAUGCAUACACCAUGGUGAUUUUCGCUGCUUCGUUCGAGGAGGUCGGAUGUGCAGUGUCGGGCUGCAGGGCCUUUCAAAGGGACUCCGCAACAGGCCUUUCAAGCGGACGUGGUCUAGCAACAUGUGGAAUUCGAGUGUCAAGGCUUCCCAGCUGA